AUGGCAGCCCCCCCGCCAAUCCUGCCGCCGCUGCAACCGCAACCGCAACCGCAGCCACGGCCACGGCAGCACCCGCAGGAAGAACCGCCUCGACCCCUGGGUCUUUCUGGACAGGAAGCGUCUGCCACGGACUCCCGUAGUAUCUCAGGACCUGGUGGUGGUGCUGAUGCCGGCGUCUUGGCCAACGGCCGUCCUGGAAAGCGGCCUGCCGCCCGGGGGACCGCCUUCUAUCCUCGGAAACGGGCCAACACUGCUUGUCAGGUUUGCAGGGCUCGCAAAACCAAAUGCGACAACCGGAGGCCGAGUUGCUCGUAUUGCCUCAGUGUCGGUGCAGCGUGCAUCCAGUCCGCCUUCGACCUGUCCAGCUUCGAUCCCGCCAGCUUGAAGAUAUUGGACCGCCUCGAUGACCUGGAGCGUUUGCUUCGUGCCAAUGCCGCUGCUGAUGCUUGUGCCGCCCUGGCGACCGUUCCCGGGCUUGCCGCCUCCUCGUCUUUGCCUUUUCUUCUCCAAUCUUCGCACCUGGCGUCCCCUUGUGGACUUGAUGCCAACGGUAUCCCUACCUCUUGCUCGAACCAAGGUCAGGCUUACGACCCUGGACAUGGCAUCAGUAGCACCGGCACCAGCGCCAGCAAACAGGUUCCAACGUCAGACCGUACUGUCCAAGACCAGCCGGUGUUAGAUAGCGUACUCCCUCCGCGCAUAGACCGCAUCCUAGAGUGGCCGAUCCUUUGCGGCAGUAAAACCCACGGCUCACCCGUUUACCGAGUGCCUCCAGACGCCGUGUGCUCUCCAGUGGGCGCGUCAUCGCUGGCAGCGCUCGUGGACAUGGAGUCACACCGCAUCUAUAGGCUGCUGGACAAUUUCUUCCUCUACAUCCAUUGCAAGAACCCCAUUCUAGACGAAUCCUCGGCCCGCAGGAUGGUCGGCAGAGCGUUCCUAGACGGCAUCGAUUGGUCGCCAGCCUCCUGUUUGGCCAUGGUUAUAUGUGCUCUGGGGUGCAUUGCGACCCCGUUUGGGCCGAGCCCGGAAACCAGGAUCGGAACUCAGGCCUAUGCCGACUCGCAGGUGUUUUUCCAAGCCGCCCAGAAGCGCAUUGGCAUCAUGCUGGCCAGAUCGGACAUUGUUGGCGCGCAGUGCCUGUUUCUCUCAGGUGUCUACAUGAUGAUGGUCUUCCAGCCGAUUUACGCGUGGCGGUUCUUCUCGCAGGCACUGGCGGCAUGUCAGCACUUUCCUUUCCUCGCCAAAGCGCAAGAUAUGCCGACGGGAACGCCUGGCUCUCCUGCACCGGCAUGUAUGGGCCGACAGGACACCCAAGAGCAGGCCUUGUACUGGUCGGCAUGGAAGUCCGAGAGGGAGCUCCGGGGAGAGCUGUCCCUUCCAGACUUCGACAUACAUCAUUCCGGCAGCACCCUGUAUCCACCCUUCUUCCCCGCGCCACCCGCGCCUCCGCCGGACUCCCCAGACGGCCCGGAUUCCGAGGCACAACGGUCCAGGGCCUCCUGGCUCUUCUACCUGGCCGAGAUUUCGCUUCGGCGCCUGACCAGCCGGCUCUGCAGCGAGGUGCUGAGUCUGCGUCAACGGUAUGCAUCCAACUCGGCAUUUUUGGACGUGCUGGCGGACGUGACGGCAGAGUACGAGGCUCAGGCACAGGAGUGGUCGGACAGUCUGCCAGGCGAGCUUUCGAUACGCUCGGCGAUUGACGAGGACGGCAUCGCGCGGUCCGUCUUGCGGGGCAAGCUCAUCAACCUGUACGAAAUGGUCUACUGGCCGUUUGUCAUGGUGGCGCUGAGUGCCGCUGCCGGCGGGCAGUCGCUGAAACCGCAGUACGCCGAGCUGGCCAGGCGCGGGCUCGACACGCACAUGCAUCAAAUCCGGGCCAACGAGCCAGGGUUUCACCACCGCCAUCACGGGGGGUUUUUCAUGAUCCGGGCCUGCGCUCGGAGCGCCUUUUCGCUCGUCGCGGCUGCCAAAUCGGGCAUGUCGAUGCCGGCAGAGUGGGAUGCGGCCGUCCACAAGGUGAUAGGCAUGAUGGCGUACUGGGAGGAAGAAGACGGUGAUGUGGCGGCGUGGAGGUCGAGGCUGGAAAGGGAAGCUGCUUCAGCGCACGAGCUGAGUUGA